AUUACACACUUUGUUAAGGACCAUCAUGGCUCUAGCUCGACCAGCGGCCAAACUACCUCCGGGUGCAAACCGGAUUCUAUUCGUGAAAAACCUCAAUUACCAAAUCACUGGCGAAGACUUGUACGACCUUUUCGGUCGAUACGGAAGUAUUCGUCAGAUACGCAUAGGAAAUGAGCAGAAAAGUCGAGGGACAGCUUUCGUCGUCUUUGACGAUGUGAUGGAUGCCAAAAAUGCUCUAGACCAUCUGAAUGGUUUCCAUUUGCAAGAACGAUAUAUUGUUGUCUUGUAUCAUAUGCCUGCGAAACAGGAUGCUGCUGCUGCAAAGGCCGACCUUGCUCGCAGAGAGGAGGAGCUCACUCAGCUCAAGAAGAAGCAUGAUAUCAAGGAUGAGGAUUGAACACAUCGAAUGACUCUCUUUCGUGUUCUUUUCACCUGAGUUCGUUCAGAUGUUGUAAUGUAUUGUAUCAUAUUGUACUAAUCAGACUUUACUUGCUUGG